AUGGCUUUCUUCAUGAAACUUCGCCAGAAGUGGCGAAAGAUGCGCGCCCGAUAUCACGCGCGAAAGCGUCUGGCUAAGCGUGCUGCGGAGCACGACGCUCACGAGAUCCGCCUCUCGCAGGUUCAGCGAGUUGCAGGAACUGAGCACCGUAUUGAACGGGGCAUCGACGUCAUGGAGGCUGCUCGUCGCAGCGUGUACGGGGCUCACAUGGUCCCCCGUACCACCGACUUCGGGGUUACCACCGAACAGGCUCGUGCCCUCAACGUCAAGCAGCAUCAGGAAGACGCUUCCAAGGCCGCUGCCGACCAGCAGGAGGAUGCCAUCUUCGAUGGCGGCUCUACCAAGGACGUUGCCACCGCUGACAACGAUAACAUCAACAAGCUCGUUUAA